GCUGUUGAGCUGUGCAUGACAAAUCUUGAAUAUCUGAAGACAAACGGCUGCAAUUACACGGGAAAAGAUGUCUAUGCGCUGUUGCCAAAGUCCAUCGUCCAUUAGAUUGCAUGUUUACAGGACACGUGCUCGGUUACGGGCCUGUUUUUCAAACGAAAUUUGCGGUCAAUUUGGCUGCAGGCUCAGAUAUAAAUUCGCAAAUCUUUAUUUCUAACAUUCAUUCGUUAAGGGUUUUUUCUCUAAUUCAGAAUCAAUAGAUAUUUUAUAAGAUCACUUCAGUUUUUUAACACAGUGCACAUGCUAUAUCAACCAAACUUAAUCGCAGCUCACUAAGUCUUAAACAUAUAACAUGCAUGUUGAUAGUUUUUUACGGAAAAGAUUCAAAUACCGGCGAUAGAAGCGUGAAGAGAAAUAUUUAUGUUAACAGUUAAGAUUUUCUCUUUAAGACUCUGGUUUAAAGGUUUUUCAACUCAAUUAACACUUGACGCUUGCAUGCAAGUCGAAGACUAGCACCAUUCAGACAUCUUUAAACCCUGAGAUUAUCUAAAUUGUUUACAAGUUGAUUAUUACCGACCAGAUACCUCAUGUUGGAUGAUGGUUGGGAAAUCCAACCUAAAAACGGUUGGAGAAUGUUUGCUUCAUUAUCUGUCACACUUUUUUUUGCCUUUAAGAUAGCAUAUAUAUAAAAUGAUAAUUGUAUAUACGUACAUUUAAAUUACUUACCAUUAUGCGUAUGUAAUUAUGCAAGUCAUAAACUUAGCUAUAAAUCUCCCGUGCUUGUUAAUCGACCUACGGCAUAAGACGAUUUUGCAUAAAUUCCCCAAUGUAGAUUUGCGCUGGUUCGAGACCUUUUUAUACUAUCGGGAAACGGUGAUGCAACUCCAGAUAUUAAGAUGAUUACACUUUGCGGCCCUUUGCUACGGUUUCCAGCGUAAUUAUUGUGUAGGCGCUAAUCUAUACUUAAAGACGACUUGAAAAAGAUGAAUGGUUGGUCCCGCCAUUAUUUCAAUUGAUGUCUGUUCCGAAGAAGGAUAUUUUCUUCCCUAUUAUUGCCCCGAAAAUACGUCAAUAGGAAACCAUGGUUCUUAGCAGCUUGUUGCCGCUCGUAAUGGAUAUUUCUAGGGGCGUAUUUUGUGCCCAAUUGCAUGCUAUAGCCCAAUAGAUAAUCACAAAUCAUAGUCUUUUUGUUUAUCUAAAAGCACACUUAAAACGGUGACAUCUAUAUGAUGAUGAUGUGCUAGACAUACGAGUUAAACCUUUGGCCGCCAUAUUAGAUGGCUUUCUAAUGCCGUAUUCGUAAGCUCGUAGGAAGAACAGUCGGUUACUAGUGUUUUUGAUCAAGAUGGCUGUGAGAAAGACGACCCUGAUGCGAAUUUAUGACUACUAGAUCUUUUCCUUACUAAAAGAGCAUUUAUUUUAUCAUUAAAGUUUCAUACGAUCGUUGAAGAUCCUUAUAUUUUGAAAGGGGUUAGCUAUAUUUGUGUCUGAAAAACUGAUAAAAUCGAAAAAGUUUGUUGACCGAAUUGGCGUCCGAUCUGUAAAGGCAUUCGGUCCCCCCCCCCCACAGCCAAUAUUCUCACAAUGAAAGACUAGUUUUAAAAUAUUUGGCGCGCAAUAUGUGACUAUUUGUGAUAUAAUAGGAAAGAUUUUUGCCUCGUAAGGCAGUCCAGUCAUCUUCUAUUUAAAGUGCACGGACUUUGGUUGUUGCGGUUACAAAAUUAGUCAUUACACAUAACACAUUCUGAAAAGCUGACGAGGUGAAAAUGAAGUGAAUAGAACAUUAACCUGGGCGGGGCGCCAGGAACUCACGAUUUUUACACACUGCAGAGAUUUAAACUGUUUUUAAUUCAAUUUUAAAGCUAUCGACUUCAGGGCUUCCCAUCGUAAUGUCUGCUGUGUGUUUUUCAAGAUUGAUUGCUGAAAGUCGCUGCGUAAUAGAUAACCUUCAUAUCUCGCGGUCUGUUGCUUCCUUGGUCUGGCGAGAUGUCGUUCACGUAGCCUGGGGUAAUCGAUGACUAAUCACUAUUAAACAAAUGUAACAGGUGAAUUCACUUGCGCAGAAAUAACACUGUGUCAUUCAGUCAAUAAAAAGUCUUCCAACUAAUAAAUUAUACCUAAAAAUAGGUAUGUGAUGUAUGUGUAUCUGUCGUUCAAAACUACCUCUUUACAAUCAGUGUUUUUCGGUGAAGAAAUUAAUUAAUUCAUGGCGAAAUAACUAGAUUUUAUCCUGAGGGUCCAAAUACUCCGCAAAGUUGAAUAAUAAUACAAUCAGUAUUAUUACAAAACCUUAAUAAUACAAUCAGUAUUACAAUAAUAAUACAAACAUUAUAUCCUGUCUUUGAAAGACAUAUCAAUACACUGGCAUAAUGGAUUAAAACUAGAUUAAACCGUAUGCUGUAUCAGAUUCAGAGGACUAAAUCGGCUUCUGCGCAUCGCCUCUUCUCAUAGGGGACUCCAUUAUUUGGAAAUUGCCCAAGUUUCACCUGUUUUGAAUUCUUUGAACAUAAACUCAAUUUCUUAUUCAUUUAGGAAUAUAGUAAAUUCAAAUGGUAAUAAAUAUUCCGACAGGAUAUUUUAGAGAUAUAGCAAUUCAGUAUCAAAACAAAGCGUUUGUUUACAUCACCGACUGUAACCCGCCUUAAAUCUUCAGUUACUCGAUAUCAGUUAUAAUUUUUUGCCAUUUUCCACUCCCCCCGCUAAUGUUUUUUCAUCAUGCUACAACAAAACAUUGUUGAUGAACAUUUGAGCAGCCUUUUUCACAGACUGAAACAGUUAUCACUGUUUGAGAGGUUGGCAUGAAUUUGCGCAAUCUAAGAAAGGUGCCCUAGCUUUUUGCGAUUAGAAAUGCGACGAAAGGAUGACUCGCCAAUCGCUUGAAUUUUCAGGAUUGAAAUUUUUAACAUUUCCACAUCGGUCAACUGAACAUAUAAACCUGUAGAUACGUGAAAAACGCCUAUAGAAUAGAUCAGGACCAGUUGUUUGGAAGAUGGAUAAAUCCUAUAUAUCUAUCGGAUAAAUCUGCUAUCCAGUGGAUAUAGUUAGCCAUUGGAUAAAAUCGUGUUGCAUGAAGCAUGAACAAUGGAAUAUAGAUAGCUAAAAUAGUUUAAAUUUACCCGGAGAAAACAGGAUUUUCCUGAAAUUUCGUACCACAACGUCAACUGUUGCUGAUUAGCAUUUGAACAUUGAAUUCAUAAUCAUUAUGAAUUCUCGAUUAGUCACUGAAAAAGACUUGAACAAUUGAUUUGCUUGAUAUCUAAAUGUUUCCUUUUUCGAUUUUGGACACAUUGUAAUUUUAUUCCUUCACCUUGUAACGCUCUGCCUUCCGGUUCUAUAACAAUUUUACGAACACUGUUUUUAAGUUUUCAGAUUGGCUAAUCAAAGCGAAGAACAAAAAAGUUCAAACAAUAUUAGCAGUUUCCUUAGAAUAGGUUGAAUCUUUCUUUGCACAUUCGCAUUUAUAAACUGAUAAGAAGUGUAUAAUAAAUUUACCGCUGUUAUCAUUGUAAGGGUGUCCAGAAAAACGCCGAACGCAACGGAAUGUGUCGCAGCAAGGUGAAACGCUGCUGCCACAAAUAUAACAAUGGCUAGAUUGCACUUCGAAAACAUUUUAAUUGUGAGUACAAUCAUACAGAUUAGUUACAGGAAUAUUGCAUUUUUGUCCUGAUAGGACCGUUUUCAUCGUAAAUGUUUACAGUGCUAUCUUGUAUUUUACUCUGGGCGGUACGCCGGUACCAUUUCUCGAUAUUUCCCAUUCUCGUGACCUCGUCUCUAUUAAAUAUUUAUUCGUGCCCAGUCCUUUCACUUUCCGUUGAGGUAUUUCCCAUAAGACUUAUCGGGCUUUGUUUAAUGUUUAUUCAGAAAACAAGGAUUGCAGCAUAUUAUGUUCAAAACAAUUUUUUAAAACAAUAUUUCAUGAAAUGAAUUUGAAAAGUUUCAAGAUGUUCACAGAUAAAGGUUUUCAAGACGUUAAUAAUGCUUAUACUAGCGAUAAAAUCUAUGUAGAUGACAGUCACAUUAAUUUUCAUCAACGACUAAGGAAAACUCUAUACUAUGGUCAAUAUGCUGAUGGUUCAUUGCCAUCACCAAUUGUUACAGAUGUUGCUGUGAGAUUAAUCAAUUCCAAAACAAGUGGAAAGAAAUCUUUGGAUAAACACCAAGCGACAAGGAUAACAAGACGUGCUAGAAUUUCUCCAUGUGCACUGAUGAUGGGCAUUUUGUACACAGAAAGACUUGCACAGAGCAAUCCAAGCUACCUUAAGAAGGUUUCUUCAUCUGACCUGUUUAUGGUGUCCAUGCUUGUUGCUUCGAAAUAUCUAUAUGAUGAUGGCGAGGAUGAAGAUGCCUAUAACUAUGACUGGUGUAAAGCAGGCAAUUACCAUAUUCGCGAUCUGAACCGACUGGAGCGAGAGUUCCUGAGCUCAAUUGAAUGGAGAAUAUUCGUUAGCUGCAAGGAAUUUUUCGACUUUGUUAACAGAGUGGAAACAAGGGUGGCGCUGGAUCAAGGACAAGAACGUGGUUGGUAUUCGUAUUUGGACAUGAACACUCUUUUAGAAAACUUGAUGUUUCGACAUUUUCUCACUAAAUAUUUGAAAUCAACUGGGAAGACAAUUCUCAGUUGCACUGUGGCCUAUUCCUUAUCUGUCGCCUUACUUUUCUCCGCUUCUGCAUGCUUUUUGGCAAAAGACCAUCAUUCACGUCAAAACUCGCGAGCUUUCUUCUCUCCGAGAUCGGAAUCAUCCACGUCGUUUAUGCCGAAAAUAGGACACUCUGAAUAUUCCUUAAAAAUCUCACAAACUGUCCGAAAACGGAGAACGAGAUUACCGGGUAAUGAAUUGAACUCAAAACAGGACAAUUUUAACGCUUUGAAACCUAAUCAGACAAAUCAUACCAAGGGAGAUAUUUGUGACCAAUGUGGAUCGACUAUGAUGACUUGGGGUAGCAAAGGAUCUUUCAUGGCGGACCGGUUUAGUUCUAAAUUCCCAGGAUGCGUUUUGGGAUCGCGGUAUUGCGACCUUUCGCUAAAUGACACGUCAUAUGAUGAUGAAUUGCUGGCUAGUGGUUUUAUUCGUGUACUGUCGUUUAUGAAAUUACCAUUUCAUAACCGGAGUUGGUUUUACGGUUCCGUGCGGUUUCCGAUUUGGGAGAACGCGUAUUCUGAUAUACUAAUAGGGUUCAGUACAUCCACUGCCGCGGCUGCUUGAUAGCUGAUUUUUAGUUUUCAUGUUUGCAGGUUGUGUAUAGGCUUAGUUAGAUCAUAUAUAGUUCAUGCAGGCUCAUUUGCACUUGUUCAGUUGCGAUUCUUUUUUUGGUAGAUGUAGACAAGCAAAUAUGACCCCGUUCGCACUAUAUCGAAUUCACGUGGUCACGACAUCAGUAGACCCUAUAAGUUGUUUUACGGUCGGAAACUCUGUCUCCAGAACUUUUCCUUUCGGCAGUUCAUGUUAAAACAAUCAUGCUAUCAUACUUUUAGGGCUAAAACUCGCUUUGGCAUAGCUAAUUUUCAUGUCGUGAUCAUGCGAAUCAGUUGUGGUGUAAACAGGGCCUAAGUUAACGGAGGAGAGACAGUGGCUAAUGAGCCAACAAUUUGCCUUCGCUGAAUAUCGUUGAAUUGAAAACGGGAGGAAAUCGAAGUUCUCAUUCACCAAGCUUGGGGCAAAAAAUUAGUUUGCAUUUAGUCACUACAAAGCUGAUUAUUUGAGAAAACCCAACCUGUUGAAAAAUAUUUUUUACAAACAUGAACAGGUGACUGGACAAAUUUUAAUAACGCCUAGGUGAUUGUUGCGAAAUUAUCCGAGUUUUGUGGAGCCAAUCAAAUUUCGUGUAAUAUCAGACUUCGCAUUUGACGAAUUGACGUCAUUAUAAGAAAGGUCUAUUGAGGCCCUUGCAUGGAAGUGGCGAAUUGCGAUUUCCGAGAUGGUAGCGAAUCUAGGUCAAAACAAUCACCCUAUAGACUAUGAGGGGAGUAAUGUUCAAAUCAGUUAGAAAACCGUGCAUGUUUGUGUCCAGACAAAAAUAACAUGUGCAGCCUGUAGUUAGCUAUGAGGAAGAUUGGAAAUAGGCUAGUUAUAAAAAAAAUCAUAAA